AUGCAGGAGGCUCUGGACAGUGCUCUCUGCUCCGGCACUUCUCCCCCUGUGACCUCCUCCCUCGCCGUCUCCCCCUGUGACCUCCUCCCUCACAGUCUCCCUGUGACCUCCUCCCUCACCUCUCCCCCUGUGACCUCCUCCCUCGCCGUCUCCCCCUGUGACCUCCUCCCUCACCGUCUCCCUGUGACCUCCUCCCUCACCUCUCCCCCUGUGACCUCCUCCCUCACCGUCUCCCCCUGUGACCUCCUCCCUCACCGUCUCCCCCCUGUGACCUCCUCCCUCACAUCUCCCCCUGUGACCUCCUCCCUCGCCGUCUCCCCCUGUGACCUCCUCCCUCACAGUCUCCCCGUGACCUCCUCCCUCACCUCUCCCCCUGUGACCUCCUCCCUCACCGUCUCCCCCUGUGACCUCCUCCCUCACCGUCUCCCUGUGACCUCCUCCCUCACCUCUCCCUGUGAACUCCUCCCUCAGUCUCCCCCUGUGACCUCCUCCCUCGCCGUCUCCCCCUGUGACCUCCUCCCUCACCGUCUCCCUGUGACCUCCUCCCUCACCUCUCCCCCUGUGACCUUCUCCCUCACCGUCUCCCCCUGUGACCUCCUCCCUCACCUCUCCCCCUGUGACCCCCUCCCUCAGUCUCCCCCUGUGACCUCCUCCCUCACCGUCUCCCCCUGUGACCUCCUCCCUCACAUCUCCCCCUGUGACCUCCUCCCUCACCGUCUCCCCUGUGACCUCCUCCCUCACCGUCUCCCCCCUGUGACCUCUUCCCUCACAUCUCCCCCUGUGACCUCCUCCCUCACCGUCUCCCCCUGUGACCUCCUCCCUCACCGUCUCCCCCCUGUGACCUCUUCCCUCACAGUCUCCCCCUGUGACCUCCUCCCUCACAUCUCCCCCUGUGACCCCCUCCCUCAGUCUCCCCCUGUGACCUCCUCCCUCACCUCUCCCCCUGUGACCUCCUCCCUCACCGUCUCCCCCUGUGACCUCCUCCCUCACCGUCUCCCCCCUGUGACCUCUUCCCUCACAUCUCCCCCUGUGACCUCCUCCCUCACAGUCUCCCCCUGUGACCUCCUCCCUCACAGUCUCCCCCUGUGGCCUCCUCCCUCACCCUCUCCCCCUUGUGGCCCCCGCAGGUCGGUGUACGAUGGGCAGGAGCAUGGCCUGUUCAUGGAGAAACUGGACGCUCGGAUCCGGAACCACGACCGAGAGAUCGAGAAGAUGUGUAACCACCACUUCCAGGGCUUCGUGGACUCUAUCACAGAACUGCUCAAAGUCAGGGGAGAAGCCCUCAAACUCAAGCUGGAGCAGAGCUGCCUCCCUCGUGUUGGUCAGUACCGGUUCUGUUCCAUCAUGGCCCAGAACAUCCCGACUCUGCGCUCCCAGAUCCGAGACACGGCCAUGACUCAGCUCCGAGACUUUCUGGAAAGUAUCCGCAAACACUCGGACAAGAUCGGAGAGACGGCCAUCCGACAGGUCAGUGCUUCAUGGUUAGGACCAGGUGAGACGGCCAUCCGACAGGUCAGUGCUUCAUGGUUAGGACCAGGUGAGAAGCCAGUAUGUUAG